AUGCCGCCAACCGAGGAAGAUGUUGCGUGGUUUCGCUCGACUUUUCACCCCAUACCGAGGCCUACCUUACCGGACGACUGUAUCGAAUACUCGCUCUACAUCAUAUCGCCAUCAUAUGACGUGGGCGGCGACUCUGACCUACGAGGACGGUUGCGAGACGUGCAAAAAUACGCCACUGAGCUACAACGCCAACACCUGAGAGACUACAUUUGGCAGCGGCAGAAGUUCAUGCUUGAGCUUCAAAAAGAGGAUGGACUGAGCUUUUUGCGUGGACAGACAGAAUAUGGCGACUCAGUGGAAGAUGAAUGGGUCAUUGUCUGGUUGUUGCGUGAAUUGACCAUCAAGUUCCCCGAUCUAUGGGUUAAAGUCACGGACAGCGAUGGCGAGUUCUUGCUGAUCGAGGCAUCUGGCACUCUGCCGUCGUGGCUCGAGCCGGACGUGGCAGAAAAUCGCGUCUGGAUCAACAAUGGCCAGCUCAAGAUCAUCAAGCCAGCAGCUGCGGCACGAAGUUCGAAGCGGACGGAAGAGAAAUUGACCCUCGAACAGGCCCGCGGCAUCAUCUUGUCGGAACCCAGAAGAAUAAUGCACUCGAUCAGCAUCGAGGAAGAGGCCUUUUUCAGAACUCGAAACUAUCCGGCACAGAUCGCGCAGAAUACGCACCACGCCAUGAUCACAGUACCCCGGAAGAUUGCAUAUCUGCUUCAUCAAAAGCCCGCGUACAUUGCGCCGGCCGUUGAAGCCUUCUAUCUCAGAGACCCGAUCGCUCUCAAGCCGCUUCUCAAGCCGCUACAAAGCAAGGAGAACGAGGACACGAUGGCUUUUCCCCCUCAGGACUUUGUUACUGUCAGUGUCAAAUUCCCACGCGUGGCAUAUGCGCAGAUCAAGUCCCAGGAUUUUCCACCACCCGCAGUUUUCGCAGGCAAACUGCCAUUGAAAACUGAUACAAAGGCCUACGCCGCCGCUGAGACGGGUAUGAAAGUCACCUGCGGCUUUGAAAUGUUGGUCACAGAUUCUCAUCACCAAGACCGACCAGAGAUACGCGAGAUGAAAUUGGUUCUUGACGAUAUCGCAUCCGGCGAUGAACCCUUGCCAUUAGACGAAGAAAUUGAGACAUGGGAAGAGCGAGAAGACGAUGAAAAGUGGCUAGAUAUCAACUUCGAAGAUCUGGACAAUGAGCUAGGAGGUCGAAAGGGCCAAUCUGACACGAAGGGCAAGAAGCCUAGUUUUGGUGACAAGGCAGCACAAGAAAACCUCCAGAGGAUCGUGAAGCAGUUUGAGGAGUUUUUGAACGAUGAUAAGGCUGGUAUGGGCGGCGCAGGCCUGGAUGAUAGCGAUCUCGACGAUGACGAUGACGACCUUGAUGAGGACGACGAAGGAGAGGACAAAGAAGCCAGUUUUGGCGAAGACGAGUUCACCAAAAUGAUGCAAGAAAUGAUGGGGAUACCGCCCGAAGUGAUGCAGGAAAUCAUGCUGGGGAAAUUAGGCCCCGGUGCUGAGGAUCCCGCGGUACGGUCGGGAUUGCGUCCCAUGCCUGAAGGAAAAGAAACAAACGUGGUGAAAGUGGAAGAGGACGAAGAGGAAGACGAGAAUAUCCAGACGUUCAUGAAGCAAAUCGGAGCUGAGCUGACAGGGCAUGACGCUCUGAAUUUAGGCUCUUCUGAGACGCCCACUGGGAAGCAGAAGGCGAUCGCACACUCGAAAUCACAAGUGGGAGGAGACCGAGUCGCAGCUACCGAUGAAGAGUACGAACUCUCGUCAGACGACGACAUCGACAACGAGAUAGACAUCGAUCUGGCUAGAAAUUUGCUAGAGAGUCUCAAGGCCCAGGCUGGCAAAGCUGGACCUGGUGGAAACCUCAUGGGCUUGAUGGGGCUGAAGAUGCCCCGAGACGAGGCUGACAGCGACGAGGAUGAUGAUGGUCAGCCAGGGCCAAGUGGAGUACGGACAAUGGCGGAAGGGUUGCCCAGGGUUGAGGAAUUGGACUGA